AUGCAGUGGCCACACAUAUAUCCGGACCCAGAGACUCGGCAGUUGCGCAAGGCCCUGUCGGAGCUCAGCGGCGUGCCGGAGGAGUACUUGCUGGUCGGCUGCGGCGCCGACGAGCUGAUAGACCUGCUGAUGCGCUGCACGCUGGACCCCGGGGACAAGAUCAUCGACUGCCCGCCCACCUUCACCAUGUAUGUGUUUGACGCGGACAUCAACGAUGCUCGCACUAUCACUGUGCCGCGGCUGGAGGGCUUCCGCAACGAUGUGGAGGGCAUCAGGCGCGCCGUCGCGGAGCACCGCCCCAAGCUGCUGUUCCUCACGAGCCCCAACAACCCCGACGGCAGCAUGAUCCCUGAGGAGGACCUGCUGGCGCUGCUGGAGCUGCCCGUGCUCGUCGUGCUGGACGAGGCCUACAUUGAGUUCGCCGACGAGCCCUCGCGCGUACAGUGGGUCCAGCGGUACCCCAACUUGGUGGUGCUGCGGACGUUCAGCAAGUGCGCCGCGCUGGCGGGCAUGCGCGUCGGCUGGGGCGCCUUCCCCCUGGACCUGGCGCAGCUAUCGUCGCUGCGCGAGCCCGCUCUUCUCUUCUUCGCUGGCUCUGACAGCCGCUUGUGGACAGCUGCCUGUGGCCACGGCUCGUCCUGA